GUAGUGUGUGUGGUGGGGUUGAAUUUCGAUUUCGUGCUGUUGAAUUUGACCAAACACUCGUCUUAUCUCACCUAUAAUGCUUCCAUGUUCUUCAGUUCUGCUGUUCAGAAGCAGUACCUUGAGAAAUAUGGCCUUAAUGAGAUGGCAGGUGAAAAGAGGGGUAAGAAAAUAAAGAAGGCUAAGGAGACGGGGGUUCCCCAGAGACCACCACAAAACCUUGUGAUUAGAGAUAGAAGCCCGUUGCCACGCCUCCCACCACGUGGUGCUCCAUUGCCUCAUGAUCCUCUCAUGAAACUUGCUUCGAGGGGGAUUCCGUCGUAUCCUGAUGAUGCUCGUAACCCCCAUACUCAAUCUAGUUGUGCGGAUGAUGAUGGGACUCACGUGUCAAACACACAAAGGCAUGUUUGAAUGUUAAUGUUGUGGUGGAUUUGUGGAUUGUGUAAGUGUUUUGUGGUUGUUUGUGAGGGGUGAAGUAGUCUAAUGUUGUAGACUAACUUAAUGUAGACUUGUUUAAUGUUUUGUGGAUGUUUGCAAAGGUUGAAGUAGUUUAAUGUCUCUUGUGAAUGUUUGAAUGACGUUUUGAUUUAACUUUGAAGUAGUUUCGAAUUGAAUUUGAUGUAUUGGUGAUUGUAAUAUAUGUGUUUGUUGAAGUA